UCAACAUGCAACAUUUUAGCGCACGCGAAAAGUUUCUUAUUUCAAACACACUUAACUGUGUCCCGAUGAUGAUACAAGGGCACGCAGUGCUAAUAGAUUUGCGGAAUGAGACUUCGGUGGCAGGAGUUGUGGACAUGGCAGAUGGCCAGAUGAAUAUAGAACUAUCCAAUGUAGUGUUGAUUGAUCGGAACGGUCAUCAAUAUGCAUUUGAUUAUUUAAUGGUACGUAAUCGUAUGAUUCGUCAACUGCACAUUCCUCCCACUAUCAAUAUGCAACGGGAACUUCCCGAGGCAAUGGAGCGCGGGAUAUUACGACGCAAGCGUGUGAAUAAAACAAACACGAAACGCACCUUCAAACAAAAGCGAGCCGAAGAAAAGCAUAAAGAAAUCAUGGCUCAGAUUACAAAACAGAAACAAACGGAAUCUUUAAUGUCAUCGGGAACAAAUGGGUAGGAUAUCUAUGUAUGAAUGAAAUGAUUUCUAAAUAAUCAUAUAACAAGGGAAUAUCGCAACAUCGAAUAGCAUCAAGUCGAGAAUUUCCUGUUAUAGUUCUCGAGAAACUGCAAAG